CGCCCACCUCAUGCAUAUUCAUGACAGAACGUCCCAGCGUGCCUCGGCGUGAUGACGUCACGCGACAACUGCGGGUCCCGAUUGCUGCAGCCGCUUGUCAGUGUGACGAAGAUUGGCACCCAGGUUGCUGCGGGUCCACGCUGCCUGUAAUGCGCCAGUGUCUGCAGCGUCGCCAGUGAACGUGAUGGCUGCCCACUCCAUCUCCAUAGACAAAUUUUCAAAGGACGACUCGCAGAUGCCCGGCUUGGGGAAGACGGACGGCGAGCCCGAGCACAAGUUCAUCGAGGGGACGUUAGCGGAGGCAGCCAGUCCGACGCUGGUUGAGCCGCAGACCCCCAUGGACGUGGACAAGGCCUCUAUUUACAGACACCCUCUGUUCCCGCUUCUUGCUCUGCUGUUUGAGAAAUGCGAGCAGUCCACCCUGAGCUCCGACUGCAUCACGUCUGCCAGCUUCGACGUGGACAUCGAGAACUUCGUCCGCUGCCAAGAGAAGGAGGGCAAGCCUUUCUUCAGCGAGGACCCCGAGCUGGACAAUCUGAUGGUCAAGGCCAUUCAGGUCCUGCGGAUCCACCUGCUGGAGCUGGAGAAGGUGAGCGACCUGUGCAAGGACUUCUGCAGCCGCUACAUCGCCUGUCUGAAGACCAAGAUGAACAGCGAAACGCUGCUGAGUGGCGACCCGGGCAGCCCCUACUCCCCUGUCCAGGGCCAGGCCCCCAGCUUCUCCCCCACCAAGUCCCACACCCCCAGCUCCUUGUCCACCACCAUCAGUCCUCCCGGUCAGAUCGUGGUGCCGGCAUCCGCUCUGCAGCAGGGGAACGUCACCGUGACGACCGUCAACCCCUCGCAGAUGGUCACAGGUAAGUCGCAGGGGCCGACGUCCCCCGGCAGUGGUGUAGCUGUUUCUCGCUGUGCCCCGUCAGGUGGAACCGUCUACCAGCCGGUCACCGUGGUCACCCCCCAGGGUCAGGUGGUCACGCAGGCCCUGUCUCCCGGGACCAUACGGGUCCAGAACAAUCAGCUCCAGCUCCAGUUCCAUCAGGAUCUGAAUCUCUUCAAUCAUGACGACAACUCCACCAAGAACAAACGUGGUGUUCUGCCCAAACAUGCCACCAACGUCAUGCGCUCCUGGCUCUUCCAGCACAUCGGGCAUCCGUAUCCCACGGAAGACGAGAAGAAGCAGAUCGCCACGCAGACCAACCUGACACUGCUGCAGGUCAACAACUGGUUCAUCAACGCUCGGAGGAGAAUCCUGCAGCCCAUGUUGGACGCCAGCUCGUCCGAAGCACCCAAAACCAAGAAGAAGACUCCUCAGAACCGGCCGCUGCAGCGCUUCUGGCCCGACUCCAUCGCCACCGGAGGCGGAGCGCAGCAGCAGGUCACCAUGCCCGACGGGACUCUGGUGACCAUGAACAUGGAGGGUCUGCAGAGCCUGACGUCAGACGGGGCCACGCUGGCGGUUCAGCAGGUGAUGAUCGGGGGUCACAGCGAGGACGAGACGGGGGACAGUAUGGAUGAAGAGGACGAGGACGAUGACGAUGGGGACAUGGCCGGACUGGGCUUGGACAACAGCGACUCGCUCCAGUAGACGCGCACACACACUCGCACCCACCCACACACACGCACACACACACAUACAGUUCACGUCCAGCACAACUGCGACUUGUCUAUCACUGACCCAGGGUCCAAUUUAAGGUCCCAAAGUCCUCGUCUGUCUGGGACUGUAAAAUUCUGUGGAACCAGAACUCUGGACCACUGAGUCCUAGACUCCUGUGCUGGUUCAAACAGAGGCGAAGAAGGUGACCCGUAGUGCCACCUGCUGGAUGUUUGUCUUGUCAGCAGCGUCCUGCAGCUGCAGUCAUCCCACGUCCAAUGGUCAAAGGCGCCACCUCGAGCAAGGACCUGACCCCUCUCACUGGGCAGAUUUUUUUUUUUUUUUUUUUUUUUUUUCAUUGUGUGUUUUUUGUUGUUGUUGAAUGAUACCACCUAGCGGCCGGACUCCAACAUGUCAGGAGUCCGUUUUCACUCAACGUUCACUGUUGGAACACCAGCCGGACCGGACCCAGACUUGACUUUCAGAAAGCGUUUUGUCAUCAGCUCGCGAAGUCCAGUGCACUUUUGUAUAUUUAAAAGGAUGGCAUCCCACACAGACGUGUUGAAAACACACCAGGUUUGUAAAGUCCGUGAAAGUUCUUGUUGACCGAGCUCCCGCCGUGCUCGCCGCACCACUUUUGCAUGCUUGUGUUUUCAGUAGUUGCAGAGUGAAGAACUUGAGAUGCUUAUUUUUGUAAACAAACUGAGAUUGGUGUUUGAUUUUUUUGGUGUUCUGCUGUUUUGUAUGAAAUAUUUAUGUACAGCUUGAUAAGUGAAGCACGACUCUGUUUUGGAGUCUGAAGUUUUGUAAAGUCCCACACCGGCACCAAUUGGUCUGAACAUGGCCUUACGCGCUCUUUUGACGAAGAAGCACAAACCUCACGUGAAAGUCCUCGCGAGCACCUGGCCGCCACUCGGCUCCACUCCGUCGCACACUCGACCACACAAUCACCUGGAGGCGGGAACAUUGGCGGCCAGAGGCCGAGCCCAGGUGUCCGGGGAGGGGGCGGGUCUCUCUGGCGCCGCCCCUCUCUCGCUCGCUCUCUCUCUCUCUCUCGUCUGGUCUGUUUUGCCUUAGAGCUUCUAUUUUGGAAUAAACCCUCUCAAACUCGGGUGGAUGUCUUCUCUGCUCC